AUGACUAAUCAAGAAAGCAAAAAAGCUCUUGUAUUGGUGGCAGAUGGCUCCGAAGAAAUGGAAGCCGUGACAACCAUUGAUGUUUUACGACGUGCUCAACUCGACGUAACGGUUGCCGGGUUCUCCUUAGAAAACGCGAAAUACGCAAAAUGUAGUCGUGGCGUUAUGAUUGUACCUGAUAUUGCAUUCUCGAGUAUUAGCGAUUUUAAUGUAUAUGACGUUAUUGUAAUUCCUGGAGGCAUGAAAGGAGCGGAAACUCUUUCUUCAAGCCAAAAAAUUCAAGAUUUGUUAGUUUCUGCUUAUAAUAAGGGCAAGAUCGUCGCCGCGAUUUGUGCUGGUCCACUUGCUAUAAAAAAUGCGGGAAUCAACUUAGGAGGCAAGAUUACUUCUCAUCCAGUCAUCAAAGAAAGAUUGGAAGGAUACAGUUAUCAAGAAGACAGUGUUGUCAUCCACAAUAAAGUUAUCACUAGUCGUGGACCAGGUACCUCGUUGCUCUUUGGGUUGACCAUCGUUGAACACCUUUUAGGCGAAGCAAAACGUAAUGAGGUUUCGUCUCCAAUGAUGCUCGCAUCCCCUUUAUAA